AUGUGUUUCUGUGUCUCCAGGGAGCAUGUUUGAGUGACAAGCGAAGGAGGAAGUGGGAUCUCUGAAGCUCCUCCCCCUGCUGGUGGAGCCUCUGUACAUCUGGACCAGAGACCCCUUUACUCAGCAGGACAGGAUGCGGAGGUUUGCCUACUGUAAGGUGGUUCUGGCCACCUCCCUGGUGUGGGUGAUGUUGGACAUGUUCAUCCUGCUCUACUUCAGCGAGUGUAAUAAGUGUGAUGACAAGAGGGAGAGGGGCCUGCCAGGCAGGGACGAUACAGUAUUGCGUCCCAGGGAGGGUCCAGGAGAAGGUGGUAAACCUGUGGUGAUUUCUAAAGAGAACCAGGAGAAGAUGAAGGAGAUGUUUAAGAUCAACCAGUUUAACCUGAUGGCCUCGGAGAUGAUCGCAUUCAACAGAACCCUGCCUGAUGUCCGCCUGGAGGGCUGUAAGAAUAAGCUGUAUCCAGACGAUCUGCCUCGUACCAGUGUAGUGAUCGUGUUCCACAAUGAGGCCUGGUCCACUCUGCUGCGGACCGUCCGCUCUGUCAUCGACCGCUCCCCCAAGUCUCUGCUGGAGGAGGUGGUACUGGUGGACGAUGCUAGUGAGAGAGACUUCCUGAAGCGGCCGUUAGAGCAGUAUGUCAGGAGGAUGGAGGUUCCAGUCAGAGUGGUGAGGAUGGAACAGAGAUCUGGACUGAUCAGAGCUCGACUGAAAGGAGCCUCACUCUCCACCGGACAGGUGAUCACGUUUCUAGAUGCUCACUGUGAAUGCACCAUUGGCUGGCUGGAACCUCUACUGGCCCGCAUCAAACUAGACAGGAAAACGGUGGUGUGUCCCAUCAUCGACGUGAUCAGUGAUGACACGUUUGAGUACAUGGCUGGUUCUGACAUGACCUACGGAGGCUUCAACUGGAAGCUGAACUUCCGCUGGUACCCUGUACCUCAGAGAGAGAUGGACCGCCGCAAGGGAGACCGCACUCUGCCCGUCCGGUAGGUAGGACACACUACCCAUCU